UGAGGCCAUCAGCACAUUGCGCUUCCUCUGUCGAAAAACGUGGUUGCUUAGCGUGUGGCAUGUCGGUUGUGGAGAAUCUUCUUUAGUGUGUUUUAGUAUUAUUUUUUUGUUUGUUUGUUGUCAGAAUUUCUUUUCGCUAUGACAGAGGACAAGCAGAGCGGGAAGCUGCUCGCCCUCAAUCCCAGUGAAGACGCUGAGUUUCAGAAGAAAGUGCAGCAAGUGAAAAAGCGACAGAAAGCGGCUUUAACUCCAGGUGUGGUGUAUGUGGGCCACCUUCCCCAGUCACUCGCCGAGCCACAGCUCAGAUCUUACUUCUCUCAGUUUGGCAAAAUCCUGCGCUUGAGGCUCUCCAGAAGUAAAAAGACUGGCCGGAGUAAAGGGUAUGGCUUUGUGGAAUUUGACUGUGAUGAAGUGGCUAAGAUUGUGGCAGAGACCAUGGACAACUACCUCAUGGGAGAAAGGCUGAUCAAAUGUUCGGUGGUGCCUCCUGAGAAAGUCCAUGAAAAGCUCUUUGUUGGUUCUCAAAAAAUGUUUAAGAAGCCCAUUCGGCCUGCAGUCUCACGUUAUAAUAGAGACCACGGCCCAGAAGAUAUGAAGAAACUUACUGGAAAGCUUUUAAGCAAAGAAUCAAAGCUUCGCAAGAGACUGGCGGAAAAAGGCAUCGACUAUGAUUUUCCAGGAUUUGCAGCUCAAGUUGCAUCAAAGAAGGCUCUGUCAGAUGCUGAUACAUCUGUCUGCAGUGAGGACACCACACCGGUUUGUACGCCUUCAGUCCUGGAGAGGAGGAGAUCUAUUAAAGUCAAGGAUGAUGAUGCAGAUGAUGAAAUUGUUCUCAAAAUCCCACCAAAGAGCAGUGAAAACAUUGAAGACUCUGAAGAAGACACAGAGGAGGAGGAAGAUGAUGAGGAAGGAUCAGAAGAGGAAGAGGAACAGUCACAUGCUGAUCAAGACUGAACCUCUGUUCUGAAGAGGGACUAAAGAGUUUGAAUCAUGUAAAUGGGCUUAAUUACAAAGUCUAGAUUUGUAUUCAGAGGUUUCUCAGGUCCUCUCAGAAAUGGAGAGGUGUUACCUACACAGCUGAUGGACUGGUUUAUAUGAACUAAGGAACUGUUUCAGCAUUUGCAUAUGUUUGAGAAGUUUCUUUUAUGCAGAUGUGUUCUCUGGCCAUGUCUUGGAUGUGGAAAAUCUGUUCAGUUUUGUUAAAAUCCAUAAAGCUUGCCUAAAAUGGCAUAAAAUGUACAUACAACCUUUAAAAUGAAUCCUCUUAUUCAGAAACAGAGGACUAAAUGGAGGACUAAAUGGUAGGUGUGAAGUCACAUUUUUAAUGUAGCACCUCACUCACUUGUGCUUAGCUCAUUAUACUCCACAAGAAGAAGCUAACAGAAAUGUAUAAUUAUUGGAUGUGGCUUUCAAGUAAAGUAUUAGAAAUGCAAAACUAAAUGCUGAUUAAAAGGUGAUUUUUAUUGGUUACUUGGUGGACAAGCAGUGGUGCAUAAUGUUAUUUGUGUUUUGCCAUAUCCACAGAAAAUAGUUUGCUGGCCAAGAGAAUAUGGGCUGUAUAUGGAUCAAUGCCAGUUUUGGAAAAUCCAAAUAAAUAUUUGUUUUCCAUAUAUGUGUACUAUAAUACUUGUACAAAUAAAGAGAAAGUAGCUUAA